UAUAAGGCAGGCAGCUGUUAGGGUAGGAGUCAGCCCUCUCAUGUAAACAGCAGUAGAAGUCUCAGAGGCUGCGAGCAGUGCCCCCUCCACUGCAGAGCCCAGUAGGGUCUCUUUCCAGCCAUCUGGGAUCUUCACUGCACCAAAUUAUUUUUUCUUUAUUCAAUUUCCCCUAAAUUGCCUGCUGACGAUAUCCUACUAUUUUGAUAUUUUCUAAACUUCAGGAUUAAACUUUAGAUUUUUUUUUAACAAAAAUGGUACAGAAAAAAACCCCUGAAAUGAAAGGUUUUCAUCGCUCCUUUAAGGGCCAAAACCCUUUUGAGAUGGUCGAUUAUGGAGUACAGUCCCGAAACAUGGAGUCUGUGUUCAAUUUCGACUGCCCCUCACGACCUGACAUGCCUUCUAGUGCUCCCAUUGAUAUUCCCGAUGCCAAGAAAAGAACAAAGAAAAAAAAACGAUGCAGGGCAACAGACAGUUUCACUGGACGGUUCGAAGAUAUGUACCAUCUACAGGAAGAGGUUCUUGGGGAAGGCGCUUAUGCCAGAGUCCAAAGCUGCAUUAACUUAAUCACCAAUAAAGAAUAUGCAGUUAAGAUUAUCGAAAAACGGCCUGGUCAUAGCCGAAACAGAGUUUUCAGGGAAGUGGAAAUGUUAUAUCAAUGUCAGGGCCACAGCAAUGUCCUAGAGCUAAUAGAGUUCUUUGAGGAAGAGGACAAAUUCUACCUGGUGUUUGAGAAGAUGUGUGGUGGUUCCAUACUUAAUCACAUUCACCGACGCAGACAUUUCAAUGAGAGAGAAGCCAGCUUUGUGGUGCGAGAUAUCGCUGGUGCGCUGAACUAUUUGCACAACAAAGGUAUUGCACAUCGAGAUUUGAAACCUGAAAACAUCCUGUGUGAAAGUCCAUAUCAGGUGUCACCAGUGAAGAUCUGUGACUUUGACCUUGGCAGUGGGAUCAAACUGAACAGUGAUUGCUCUCCCAUAUCCACCCCAGAACUUUUAACUCCGUGUGGUUCUGCAGAGUAUAUGGCGCCUGAAGUGGUGGAAGCAUUUAACGAGGAAGCAUCAAUAUAUGACAAGCGCUGUGAUCUGUGGAGCCUUGGGGUGAUCUUGUACAUCAUGUUGAGUGGCUAUCCACCAUUUGUGGGGCACUGUGGAAGUGACUGUGGAUGGGAUAGAGGAGAGGCCUGCCCAGCUUGUCAGAACAUGCUGUUUGUGAGCAUUCAGGAAGGUAAAUAUGAGUUUCCAGAUAAAGACUGGGCUCACAUAUCUGCUGGAGCCAAAGACCUUAUCUCCAAACUGCUGCUCCGAGAUGCCAAGAAAAGACUGAGUGCAGCACAAGUUUUACAACACCCAUGGGUACAAGGGUGUGCACCAGAUAAUACACUCCCAACUCCAAUUAUACUACAAAGGAACAGUAGUGCCAAAGAUCUAACAUCAUUUGCCGCUGAAGCUAUCGCUAUGAACCGCCAGUUGAUGGAGCGAGAAGAGGAAGAACAAGGAGCAGACUCCUCUGUCUCAUGCCCCAUCGUGGUUAAAGCUACCUCGUGCUCCAUGCAACUCUCCCCUCCUUCUGAAUCCAAGCUGGCCAAGAGGAGACAGCAGGGAAGCAAAGGAGGCAUCUCACCUCCUAGCCUAGCACCCCUCCUUAUUGUCAGUGACUGAAUGCAUGUCCAACAUUUCCUUUACUUGGACAAGGUCUAAAACUAAGCAUCUAGUACUGACUAGCUUCCCAAAGGGAGUAUUUUUUUUACGAACCUCUAUUUCCCCAGCAAUGGGAGAUUUAUAGAAAAGCGAAUUGGGUAGGUAAACGCAAUUCCAUUUUCUUUGGAAAAGGUUUAUUAAUAUUGAAAUGUUUGAGAGGUGCACUCAUUUCAAAGAGCUUUAAGCACUAGAUCCUUUUUGGAUUUUCCUUGCCUCCACAUCUUUCUUCUGCUGUCAAAGAUGUACGGCUCUUGAUCACUUGCAAUGGAUGGUCAUAGUAUCUUUGGCAGGAAAAAAGGUUGUAAAAAUAAUUGAGGCAAUGGCACUUUUUCUGUCUGUAAUAAAAAAAAAAAAAGGGGGGCCAUAGUACCUUAAAUCGGUUCAUAUACAUAUCAAAUUCAUGUACUAAGAGUUGGUGUUGGUGAUGCUAACAUUUAAGCAGGUGCAUGUUUUUGAAAUCUAUAUGGGUAAAUUUAUAUUUUUGGUUAUUCUUGAAAAAGGAAGGAAUGCUUUUAUUUGAAGGCACUGCAACCUACAAAAAAAUCAUUGUUUAAUUGUCCAGUACAGGGAAAUGUAUAUGCUAUGCAUUGCCUUUUAUAUAUAUCGUUGUACAGUCUAUGAGAAAACAUUAGAGGGUUUUAUCUGGUUUCCCUUUUGCCUGAUAUUUUUUUUAAUUUUUAGUCUGGACCUGGCCACAACCUCAGUAACAUUGAGUCUACCAUCGUCUGUACACGAUGGGCCUAAUUCAGCAUGGAUUGCUGAAGUGCUAAAAUCGCUAUUUGCUGAUUUUAGCACAUCUACGCCUCUGUGCACAUGCGCGAGGACUUGAACUGCAAUCGCAGUCUAAGUCCCGGCAGGGGGGCGGGAACGGGGUGUCAACGCAGUAUUUUGUAUGCGUCGACUCACAGGUGCUGGGGGGGGGUCCAGACAAUGGAGGACAGUUUGUGGGGUGGGCUGGAGUGGCUACGUGAUGUCACACGCAGCUGAUGCGACCCGAAACAUGGUGGGCCACCAUCUGCCUUCGCAGCUAGGCUGCGUAGGCAGGGAGCACUUCUAAACAUGUAAGGUGCUCUCAUGUUAGCGAGGGUGGGUCAGGACCCGGCAUGUGGGGCAGCCUUGUCCUGUGCUGGGUGGCGCCCCGCUUGUUAGUGGAAGGAGCUGUAGUUGUGUGAUUUUACUACAACUCGUGCUGAAUUAGGCCCUUUUCCCCCAAUAUCUGUGUUGGGAGGAUUAUGGGGCACACUAAAGAUACACAGGACAGAGGGGUUAAAAAAUAAAUAAACAAAUAAAAAUAAACACACUGGUUGACUUCGAAGCUGAAGUCUGCCAGUAAUCUUGGGAACAUCUUGCAACUGGAAUAUUCCAAAUUAAUCCUUUUAUAUUUGCAUUAGAUGAAUAUAAAGGAAACAAAAAAAAAUUGUGCUUUUAAAAUAUUCAAUUUCUCACUAAUGAUUCUCAGUCACUUCCAGUUUCUGGAAAGUUGUGGGAGUGUAUGGCACAGAAUGCUUUGUUUUGUUUUUAUGUCAUAUUGCAGAGCACCAUUGCCCCUGUAACCUGGACAUCCAAUGACAUUGGAGAAACAGGCUGCAUUGAUUUAUCUAUGAAUUAUUUCAUAUAUAAUUGCAAAUCUAAAUAGAAAUAUUUUCCAUAUACACAAUACAGAUCUGUGUAUGCAAGUAAAAAAUCCAUCUGUAUAUGUGGGCACAUGUGUUUGUGUAUACAUACAUACAUACAUACAUACGUGUGUGUGUGUGUGUGUACUUUAUAUGUGUAUGUAUUAUUUUUUCUUAUCUUUCCUCCUUCCCUCAUAUCCAGAGAAGGAAAUGGAUUAGGCUUUUGGAUGCCCUCUGAAGAAGAGUGCCAUCUACAGAUAGGCUAAUUCCACCCCCUCCCACCACCUAGCACAAUGGUGAGGAUAACUUGAAUGUCAGCUGUCUGUGAGAUCCUCCUUCCUCAGCAACAUUCAUUUCUCCUGCUGCAGGAGGCAGGUUGAGUUUGAAUUUUAGCACCUCUGACAGCACAUUGGUGUCUUAUGUCGGGGACAUCAAUUAUCAGCAGAGUGAUGUUAGUCUGAACUUUCUGGUGGGUGAGGCGCUUCUUUAUAUACAUUAUUCACCAAAGAAUUGUAGUAUUCUCUAUUACAGGACUGUGGUCCUGAGUUAUCAGACUGUGAAUAAUUCUCCUCCUUUUGCCUUGUGAGACUUUGUAGGAUUGUGGGUUUCAGGAGAGGGACUAUUGUCAAAAGCUAAAAUGUAGCAUUGAAUACGUAUUUUUUUUUUUUUUUUUAAAUGCAGCUACUGAAUAUUUUUUGGGGUGUUUACGCUCUUGUGAGCAUAUUGGCCAAUCUAAUUUACAGAAUUCCUAUAUUCACAUCAAAACUGCCUUAAUUUAGUAUGAAAUUCUAAAUGUGUAUGGCAGAGUGCCAUAGCGCUGUGUAAUGUACCCAUGCUCACUAAGCGUGCAAGGCUGCAUCUGUUACAAUGCAGACCUAUUCUAGAGGGUAUUCGUUUGGAUGGUCGCCCAUGUUAUGGUUGACAGUCAUAAGGUCGACCACUAUUGGUCGACAUUGACAUGGUCGACAUGGACACAUGGUCAACACAUGAAAAUGGUCGACACAUGAAAAGGUCACCAUGAGUUUAAAAAAAAAAAAUAUUUUGUGGAACUUUUCCAUACUUUACAAUCCACAUGGACUACGAUUGUGAAUGGUAAUCUGUGCCGAGCGCAGCGGUAGCAGAGCGAGGCACCUUACCCGAAGCAGGGCGAGUGAAGCAAGCCAUGCGAGGGGACACGGUGCACUAAUUGGGGUUCCCCGUCACUUUACGCAGAAAACGACACCAAAAAAAGUAUAAAAACCCCUCAUGUCGACCCUUUCAUGUGUCGACGAUUUUCAUGUGUCGACCAUGCCAAUGUCGACCAAUAGUGGUUGACCUAAUGACUGUUGACCAUAACAUGGUCGACCAUUCAUACCGGAACCAUUUUAGAGUUAGCUUGGCCUUUUAAAUUGAUGCUAUAGCAAACAAAUUGUUUAGAUCACUAAUUUAUGUAAAUAUUGCAGAAUUGGUAACUCCAUGUAUGUAUGUUUCAAAGAAGGAAGUAUUAAUAGGGUAUGGUUUGGCACUUUUGGAUUGUAGGGUGGCGCAAGUUGCAGUUUGGAUUAAUUAAGUAAGCUGAAGCCUUUAUAAGAGAAGGAUCACUUUCAGCUACUUUACAUGCUCCCCAGCUCAACAUGAGGAAUAUAUAGUAAGAAACCCUUUAUGUGAUCCGUCACUUGCGGAAACAGUAACAGCUAGUUCAGAGAAGGCAGAUACCAGUUUGAGUCAUUGUUAGUUUACAGAGCUCUUGCAUUGCAUUGCUCUCUGAGGGAAGGGAGGUAUUGGUUUCAGAAAACCUGUUACUUUUAACAUGUGAAGAAAGACUAUUUGUUUUGUGGAAGUGUGUGUACAGUUUAGCCAUGUUGUAGUUACAGUUGUAUUUUGUAGAGAUAUGAAUCCUUUUCUCCUGUUGAGUAAAGCUGGCUGCUCAUAUGAAAAGUGACCUCAUGACCACAUGACUGGAGCCCUGCUAAGCUCAGAACAGUCAUGGAUGGCCAAAUUGUAUAGAUCUGAUCAAUUCGAACAAGAAAAUAUGGUACCCAAUUGUAACAGACAUGUGCUUGUCUUUUCUACUGACAGGAACAAAAGAGAUCUGAUUGGCAUUUUAACCAUUCUUGAUGAUUAUGAGAUGCCACACCUGUAGCAAUAUUCUUCCAACCUCAUGCAAACCAGACAAUUUUGUCACUGUGUGUGGCUGUAUUAACUAGCAGUAGGGUAUACUUUAGCGCAAAAUGGACCUAAUUAAAACAAUGAAACCAUAUAGUGUAUAUUGUUUUUCGUCAACCCACGUAAAUACAAGCAUAUUAUGUUUACCCAAUAAAGUACAGCAUAAUAUACUUAUUUUUAUGUGAUUUGCACAUUGCUUAUAAAGUAUAAUUGGAGACCAUUUGGCAAAGAAGAAAAAAAUCUUGUUCUUACACAUAAAAUAAAAGAGCAGCACAUUGGUUUUAAAAAAUAAAAUAAAAGUUCACCUGUUGAAGAAGCAAUAUAUACACUUUUGUUUUUUCCUAUAUGGUCCAUUCUAGGCCAAGGCAAAUUCUAUUUCAGUUUUGUGUGAGGAUUCUGGAGUCGUUCCUGAUUCCUGGGAGCUGCAAACUUGGUCUGUUGUCUUUAAAAUUGUAAUGCUCUUUAUUGUGCCUCCAUUGAAACAUUAUUUCAUUUGGAAAAACAAAAACAAACCUGUGGUGUAAAAUGGCAGACCCCAUACAUAACAUUAGCAGGAUUAUUACUGUGGCACUUGGCCAAAUCUAAUUUCUGUUAUCCUUCUUAUCUUCCAGUUUUGUUAAGCGACUUACGUUGUUGUGUGAUUUAUAGUAUCAGUUAGGAUGAGUGGUUUUAGUCUUUGCGUCACAUUGGCUGAUUUUUCCUUAGCAAUAGUGCACUUUUGAUGGUUGCCUCCCAGAUGGAAAUAUAUUAUAAACUGUCAGCAUCAAUGUGAGGAAUACAGCAAUAAGUGUAUUUAUCUAUAUUUUGGUGCAGGGAUUACUCACAGGGAAGUGCAGGUUUAUAAUGUGGACAGUUAUUGGGUUGCCCAUAGGGAAGCUCAUUUAUUUGUAUUCUGCACUCUGACAGUGAGGCUGCCAUGUAGUGACCGGAUAAUAAGUGCCUUAGUGCAGCUAGCAGGACUGCGCAAUUUGCAUGAUUUGCCAUGCCAUUCGAAUGAGUACAAUGGGUCCAAACCAGGGACUUGUAGACCUUGUAGCCUAAGUCUGUAUUAGUAUCCUCAUGUUUUGGCAACUGAAGUAUAAGGUGAGGUGCCUAAUGCAUAUAUACUAAACAUUCUGUAUAAAUUCAUGAUGUUCUAUGGUAAUAUUACCACAUUCUAGACCCUCUCCUUAUUCUUUGGCAUUGUCAUGGUAUGUGUGAUUUUGCAUGUAUACAAGUGUUUGCAGACAAUCCAAACAUUCCAUUAGAAACAGUUGUAACUGCACUCCCAUGCAGUCCUGUCAGGUCCCCCUGUGUCUAGGACAUUCAAAAGUUACUUCCAAGGCACACAUCUGCAGUUUCUACUUUCUGUCAUUUUCUGAUUGGUAAAUCAAGAUAAGAUUGUCUUAUAUUAAGAACACUUGAAUCUACUGUUUUGCAGAGCCUUGCUAAGGUCAGGGUGAGGUAUUGCAGUUUUUUUUUUCCCAUGGGAAGUUCAGGGAUUAUGUGAACUGGUUUUAUAUUCACAUCAUAGAAUCUAGUGGUAUGGACAUGCGGAACUGUUCUCCAAAGGUGUUUUAUGGGGGAGGUGGGUUAUUUCUUUUUUAUUCUUUGGAUUUCUUAAAUCGGGAGACAUUUUAAUUAAAAUGUAACCCCUUCCCCCAUGGUAAUUAUAGAUCGAGGAAUAUUUAUUCCCCAAUCGACGUAACCUAUAUAAUUUACAUCUAGUAAGUCAUAUGUAUGCACAUAUCUGAAUAAAAACAGGCACUUGUUAGUAUUUUGUCACAUCUUGAAUAGGACAUGUAAAAUGAAGUAUUCAUGUCACACAUACUUCAAAGAAAAAUGGUCAACAAGAUAUAUAUUUGCUGUGGGAAGUUUAAUAUAAUUUCGCAUGGUUAAAAUCCUAUACAUAGUUUUCAUACAUUGUUUUGUUAUGAUCCUUCUCUUUAGCAUAUGUUUAUUUACGGAGGAUAUUGCUAACCCAUUAAUAAGUUCACCCUGAAGCUCUCAAUCUUCUGUAAUUAAUAGAAGCACCAUCAGAACAAAACAUGACAUGAAAAACUAUGCAUUUCUUAAAUGAAAUUAUAGUUCUAAAAACCUUAAAAUAUUCUAUUCGAUCAGUUUGCCUUUUAUGUUGAUAUACUCAGGGCUCAUAGACACGGGCAGCAAGUGGCGUUCAUGGUCCAUCAAAUAUUAGGGAAGGUGACAGUAUGUGGUGACUUCACUGUCCACAAUAGAGAUAAUUGAUCUCUAAUUUGAUAGCCGUUUCAUCUGCAGUGCAUAAAGCUCAGGCUAAAUAUUACCACGGGUACAAAGUAAUAGUCAAUGCGUAUAUCUACCCUUAUGGAAUCACGUAUUCUUACCUGGCCUGCUACUGAGAAAUUCUAGGGAAAUAGGGUGCACUUAAAACACAGAGCAAGUUUUCAAUUUUUUGUUUUUCCAACUGGUAUUUUCAUCGCCAACAGUAGUUUACAGAAUUGGUAAUUAAGUUCCCACAUGGCUGUUAAAUAUAUAGAUAUUAUUGUUUAUAUAUAUAUAUAUAUAUAUAUAUAUAUAUAUAUAUAUAUAUAUAAUUUGACACCCUGAAUUAAUGGUUCUUUUUGGAUUGUAAAAACAUUAUGUAUUAUGUAAGAAGAUCUGUUAGCCGACGUUACUCAUCUAAACUGCCAAAGGCUUAUGCACAACAUUUGUUAUAAUGCACUGUGGAAUUGUGAAUCCCUUCAAGAGUAAGUAAGGGGUAUUGAUAGACAAAAGAAUUUUGUAAGGGAUGGGAACGUAUGGUCAAUAAUAAAUGAAAUGAGUAAUUAAAAAAAAAUCUGGAAAAAAAAAAGCACUUUAUUGUAUUUCAACUGAUAUUCUGAUGCAGCUAAAUGGAGGUUUUUGGUACCUCAAAAUCCAUCAGAAAUUUUUGUAUUUUUUGUAAGACCUAAAUAAAAUGUGUUGAAAUUAUGCAACUCAGAA